AUGGCUGAGGGCUCUAUCGCCGUGGAUCCGGAUCUCUAUGCCGUUGAUGAUCAUAACAAUGCCCCAGAUGAUUGGCGCUCAGAAACCACUUCGAUCGGCUCCUCGAUUUAUCGAGGUCUGAUGGAAAAUGGCCGACGCUAUCAAACUCUCCGCAACAAGGAUUACCUCAUUCCGGCGGAUGAAAGACAAUGGGAAGCAUACGAGGCCGGACACCUGGUUUCUUUGAUCAUGGAGUCCGACACCGACAAUCCUUUUUUUCGGGCGCCUCUGGGCCCUUCGCCCACACAUAUCCUUGAUAUCGGGACGGGACGGGGAACCUGGGCGAUUGAUGUCGCCGAUCUAUAUCCCAACACGACCGUCCGCGGUGUUGAUCUCUUCCCGCCGCCAGUCGCCUGGAUGCCCCCCAAUUGCGUCCUGGAAGUCGACGAUGUCCAGCAGGAUUGGACAUGGCACGAGCAGUUUGAUUUGAUCCACAUGCGCAUCAUGAUCGGUUCCUUCGAUGACCCCGAGUGGGACAUCCUCUAUAAGCAAUGCUAUGAUAAAAUCCGCCCCGGAGGCUGGAUCGAACAGCUGGAAGUCAGCCCCGUCAUCGAGACCGACGACGGCAGCUUGCCGCCCGACAAUAUCCUGAACGACUGGGGUCCCAACAUGCUGGCCUGCGGGCAACGGGCCGGCCGUGGUAUCGAUACCUUCGACAAGAUGGGCGCCAGGAUCCGGAAGGCCGGCUUCGUUAAUCUCCACCAGAAAGAUUACAAAUGGCCCAUUGGGCCCUGGCCUAAGGACCGCCAGUUGAAGGAAGCUGGUAUGGUCAACUACCAGCACUGGACGUCUGGCAUGGAAGGCUGGUGCAUGUGGCUGCUCACCCGACACGGCGCACCGCACCCAUGGAGCCAGGAGGAGGUCCAAGUAUACGUGGCUCGUCUGCGAGCCGAGCUAAUUAAGCCACGCUUCCACAUCUGGCACAAGGGGCGGCGCGUGUGGGCCCAGAAGCCCUUCAGUGAGACCCCUGAGAGAAAAUGA